AUGAGCAGAAUCAGUGGGUUGUCUGAUGAUUUGCUAAUCAAAAUAUUAUCUUAUCUUCCAACAAAAGUUGCUGUCUCUACAAGCAUCUUGUCGAAACAAUGGCAGUUUCUUUGGAUGUGGUCGCCUAAACUUGAGUAUGAUGAGUAUGAUUAUACAAGAUAUUUACAGCCUUCACUUCAGGAUUUUAUUGACAAGAAUCUGCCAUUACAUAGAACUCCGGUCAUAGAAAGCUUGCGGUUCAAGACAAUAUAUGCAUACAUCAUACCUGAAGAUAUCCAACGGUGGAUUGAAAUCGCAGUUUCUCGCCAUGUACGUGAGCUAGAUAUUUCUUAUCUUUCGGAGGAAGAAAACAUAUUUCCGAGCAACUUUUAUACCUGCAACUCGCUCGUGAUCUUGAAACUUGAAUUCGUGACUCUCACGGAUGUUCCUUCAAUGGUUUGUCGUCUCCCAUCUCUGAAAACUUUGCAACUUGAAAAGGUUGUAUACAAAGGUAAAGAAACUCUUCAAGGGCUUCUAUCUAUAUGUCCUGUUCUUGAAGAACUAUCAAUACAUUUUGAUGAUGAUCUCGAAGUUAUGGAAGAGAUCACUAUUAUCGUCCCGUCUUUGCAGAGAUUAUCACUCUCUAUAGAUGAUUUUUUGGGUUUAGAAAGGUAUGUGAUAGAUACUCCUUGUUUGAAGUAUUUCAAACUUGAGGAUCAUAAUAGUAAAGGACACUACUGUGAGAUUAAGAACAUGCCUAAGCUAAGAGAAGCAUAUGUAGAUGUUGUAUUCUUUGUUCUCAAGAGUGUUCUUGGAUCCAUCACAUCUGUCAAUCGUCUUACGAUAUGUGCACAGAUCCGAAAAGAAGGUGGAGAGGAUGAUGUUUAUGGUGGUGGUUUUGUUUUCAAGCAGCUUCAACAUCUGAAGUUAUGUUUGUGCAAAAUGGAUUCGUCGAAUCUCCUAGGAAAGUUUCUCAAAGGUUCUCCUAACUUACAAGUUUUAGACAUCUCUCACAUGAAAGAUCAUGGGACUGAUAAUAACUAUCGUUAUCCAGUGGUUUACUGGAAUCAGCCCAGUGAUGUUCCUAAAUGCUUGUUGUCGUGUCUACAAAUUUUCAAAUGGUCAAGAUACUUUAGGAGACCACAAGAUAUAGAUAUUGGGGUUUACAUCUUGAAGAACGCUCGUCUCUUGAGCACCACAACAAUCUUGGGUGAUACAAUUGAAUUUGGUGUUUCAAAAAGAUGA